AUGGCUGGUGUUCUGAUGCGGUUAACCUCUGUCAUGAUAUGCUGCGGUCUGAGCACAGAUUCAUCUAAUUCAUCUCAGCUCAUUCCUGAGAGCUUGAUUAUAUCGUCCUUUCAAGAGAGUCUUCAGAUGGUCAACGCUGCACUGAAUCAAACUUCACAAGGUUGCAGGUUCGAUCCUCAGCCUUCACACAUGUACACGCUCUCCAGACGGCCGGCAUCAGAAACACAGCACAUCUCCAAAUCAGCAGAGAUCUUUCACAUGACUUUAGGGCUUUUAAAGGAGAAGGCGAGCAGGAGACAUAAAAGAUCACUGUCUGUGUCAGAGCUCCUUUCCGUGAAGGCAGUGGAGCGGAUAGCAAACCUGUCUGGAUGCCCUCGCACUCUCCAUCCCACCACCUGCGCCAAAGAUGGAAAAUACCGCAGCAUCUCUGGAGUCUGCAAUAACAGGAAGAACCCGCUUUGGGGAGCAGCCAACACCGGCUUGGCCAGAUGGCUUCCGGCGGAGUACGAGGAUGAAGAAAACCAACCCAAAGGCUGGAACACCGGACGCCAAUACAGCGGCUUCCAACUUCCUCUGGUUCGAGAAGUGAGCAAUGAAAUCAUGUGCGGCUCCAGCAUGGCCGUCCUGGAGGACAGCGCUUAUUCCCAGAUGCUGGUGGACUGGGGCCAGUACAUCGACCACGACAUCUCCUUCACUCCUCAGAGCUCCAGCCGAAGCACCUUCGCAGAGGGACGGGACUGUCUGCACACCUGCAGCAACGCCGACCCCUGCUUCCCAAUGCAGACUCCCAAGGAGGGUAAACUGUCCAGCAAUAAAAGCUGUCUUCCAUUUUUCCGUUCUUCACCCGCCUGCAUUAAUGUCCAGACAGACAUGCGUCCCGCUGGACAGCGACAGCAGAUGAAUUCAGUCACGUCCUUCAUCGACGCGUCGACCGUGUACGGCCCUUCGGCAGAUCUGGAGAAAACCCUGCGAAACCUGUCUAGCUCUGAAGGUCUGCUGGCCGUCAACAGUGAAUACAGCGAUGACGGUCGGCCAUAUUUGCCCUUCGUGUCCGUGCAGCCGUCAGCGUGCCUCCAGGAGCCCGGCUCAGAGCCGGCGGCGCGGGUCGAGUGCUUCACAGCCGGUGACAGCAGGGUGAACGAGAUCCUGCCCCUGUCUGUCCUGCACACGCUCUGGGUGAGAGAAUCUGUGUUCCUGCAGAUCAUAACCAUGAGAGACUACGUUCCCAAGAUCAUGGGUCGGGAAGCGUUUGAUGAGUAUCUCGGGCCGUACGCGGGCUAUAACGACUCUGUGAACCCUUCGGUGUCAAACGUGUUCGCCACGGCCGCGUUUCGCUUCGGUCACGUGACCAUCUCACCGCGGCUCAGGAGGCUCAACGAGAGCUUCCAGGAACACCAGCGCUUCUCCUCUCUGAGCCUCCAUCAGACCUUCUUCAGCCCCUGGAGACUCGUUAGAGAAGGUGGGCUGGAUCCGGUCCUGCGGGGGCUUCUCGGUCGACCGGCUGCUCUGCAGAACCAGGAGCAUCUCAUGACAGAAGAGCUGAAGGAAAGACUGCUGGUUCUCAACAUCCCAGAGACUCUGGAUCUGGCUGCUCUGAACCUGCAGCGCGGACGAGACCACGGCUUACCAGGUUACAAUGACUGGAGGGCUUUCUGUGGAUUUGACAGAGCUGAAACCAGAUCAGAUCUCGUCGAGCUGGUCGGCAGUGGUGUUCUGGUGGAGAAAAUAAUGGAUGUGUACGGCCAUCCGAACAACAUAGACGUGUGGCUGGGAGGUCUGCUGGAGCGUCCGGUGUCCGGCGCCAGGACCGGCCCGCUGUUCGCAUGCUUGAUCGGGAAACAGAUGAAGACUCUAAGGGAAGGUGACAGAUUCUGGUGGGAACAUCCUGGUGUGUUUUCCCCAAAACAAAGACAGGAACUCCAAACCCACUCUCUGUCUCGUGUCAUCUGUGACAACAGCGGCGUGACGGAGGUUCCCCUCGAUCCGUUCAGACUGGGAUCUUACCCAGAGGACUUUGUGUUCUGCGGGAACGUCCCAUCAAUGGACCUGGAGGCGUGGAGGGACGACAGUAAGAAACCACCUAUAAACCUCAGUAACGGCUCUGGUGACCGGCAGCACUGCGGCUGUUCCCGUUCAGUAAUUCGGAGCCUGUAA